CAGGUGUAACUCUUAUACAGCGAAAACGCUAUGUUAAAUGCUGUAUGAAAUAGUCUAGAUGAUCACUAAUGUCUAUUUUACCUUCUUCGUCAGUUUAGAGAUAAUACUGAUUAUAUAUUUCACAUGCUAAAUACGCUGAUAACUUCUGCUAUCAAGCGGAACAAUCUAAACAAUCAAAAGUUUCUUUAGACUCUAAUAAGAUGUAAAAUAAUAUGAUGUUUAUUAUUUUAGUUUACCAUUACGAUUUUUUGUCAAUAUAAUUAAAAAUCCUGAUUUUGUUUUUGAUAUUCAAAAAACAAAUGCUGUUGAUGCAUCACUGUCUGUAAUUGCACAAAUGUUCAUGGACAGUUGUUCAGCUGGAAGUCAUGAGUUAACAAAAGAUUCUCCAUCAACAAAAUUAUUAUUCAAUCGUGAUGUACAAAAAUACAAAAAACUUGUUGAAAAGUAA